GGCAGCAAAUGCCCCAGAACUUAGAAAUGAGAAUGAAUGUAGUAUGAAGAUUCCAAACCCUGGUUCAGCAUUCAAGAGUAUUACUUUCAAAUAUCACUACUCCACUAAUGCCAACCUCACCGCCUGGUUCAGCAAAUAUGUAGACAAGUCCAGUGUCUGGUCUUGGAACUCAAUCAUCGCCGAGUUAGCCCGAGCCGGAGACUCAGCCGAAGCUCUCCGAGCCUUCUCUUCAAUGCGCAAGCUUUCUCUUAAACCGAACCGCUCCACUUUCCCAUGCGCUAUCAAGUCUUGCUCUGCUUUACUCGACCUUAACUCUGGCAAACAAACCCAUCAACAAGCUUUAAUCUUCGGCUAUGGCUCUGACCUCUUCGUAUCAUCAGCUCUCAUUGAUAUGUACUCCAAAUGUGGGCAAUUGAGGGAUGCCCGGAUCUUAUUCGAUCAAAUUCCUCAACGAAAUAUAGUAUCUUGGACUUCUAUGAUCACUGGGUAUGUCCAGAACAAUUGUGCCGACCAAGCUUUAUUGCUUUUUAAAGAGUUAUUGAUUCAGAAAAGUGAAAAUGGUGGAAAUGAUGCAAUUGGACAAGUGCUUAUUGAUCCAGUUGCCAUUGUUUCUGUUCUGUCGGCUUGUUCUCGUGUUCCGAUAAAAGGAGCAAGUGGAGGGGUUCAUGGAAUGAUUAUAAAGAAGGGGUUUGAUGGAGAAGUGAGCGUUGGAAAUACAUUGUUGGAUGCAUAUGCUAAAAGUGAGGAUGUGGGUCUGUCUAGGAAAGUGUUUGACGCGAUGGUUGACAAGGAUGAGGUUUCUUGGAAUUCUAUGAUUGCUGUUUAUGCACAAAAUGGAUUGUCAAAUGAGGCUCUGGAGGUUUUUCAUGGAAUGGUAAGGGAUGAUAAUGUCAAUUACAAUGCCGUUACACUUUCUGCUGUGUUGUUAGCUUGUGCUCAUUCGGGAGCUUUGCAAGCCGGGAAGUGUAUUCAUGACCAGGUUAUAAAGAUGGGUUUGGAGGAUGAUGUGAUAGUGGGGACUUCUAUUAUUGACAUGUAUUGCAAAUGUGGGAGAGUUGAAAUGGCAAGGAAAGCAUUUAGUUGCAUCAAAGAGAAGAACGUCAGGUCCUGGACUGCCUUGAUCGCUGGUUAUGGAAUGCACGGUCAUGCCAAAGAAGCGUUAGAGGUGUUUUACAAUAUGAUAAGAACUGGGGUCAGACCUAAUUACAUAACGUUUGUGUCGGUUCUGGCAUCUUGUAGCCAUGCUGGUCUGGUACAAGAGGGUUGGCGUUGGUUUAAUGCGAUGAAAGACGAAUUCAAUGUUGAACCUGGGGUGGAGCAUUAUGGUUGCAUGGUUGAUCUUCUUGGACGGGCUGGAUAUCUCAGCCAGGCUUACAAGUUGAUCAAGCAAAUGAAGGUGACACCUGAUAUUGUAAUCUGGGGUUCACUUCUUGCAGCUUGUAGGAUUCACAAGAAUGUGGAGCUUGCAGAGAUUUCUGCGAAUAAAUUGUUCGAAUUAGACUCAAAUAACUGUGGGUACUAUGUUUUACUUUCUAACAUAUAUGCUGAUGCUGGAAGGUGGGAAGAUGUUGAGAGAAUGAGACUUCUUAUGAAGGACCGUGGACUGAUUAAACCACCUGGAUUCAGUUUGGUUGAGCUGAAAGGUAAGGUUCAUGUUUUCUUGGUUGGAGAUCAGGAGCAUCCUCAACAUGAGAAGACACAUGAGCAUCUGGAAGAGUUAAAUGUAAAGCUGCAAGAAGUUGGCUACAUACCCAAUAUGACAUCAGUUCUUUAUGAUGUGGAUGAGGAAGAGAAGGGAUUGACCUUGCGGGUUCAUAGUGAGAAGUUGGCUGUUGUCUUUGCAAUCAUGCAUACAGUUCCUGGUGCAACAAUCCACAUUAUUAAGAAUCUUAGGAUUUGUGGGGACUGUCAUACUUUCAUGAAGUUGAUCUCAAAGAUUGUUGAUCGACAAAUUGUUGCCAGAGAUUCAAAGCGAUUUCACCAUUUUAAGGAUGGAAUCUGUUCUUGUGGAGAUUAUUGGUGACAUAUCCAUUGUUGGACAACAAAAAUUGAAGAUUAGAAAAGAAUGUUAAUUGUGAGCUUCCGGCAUCUUUGACUUGAACGACAAGGUGUUCAUCUUGGCUCUCAAAAUGAUUUGGGACAUGAGAAAUUGCAUAAUGAUUUGACUUUGAAGUCUGAAAAAGAGUUCUCCGAUGCUCCUAGCCACUAACAAGGUUUGAUAUCAAUCAGCUUUACCAUUAGUUAUUGAAAAGAUACAUCACCUUCUAACAGAGUGAGUUCAGUUGAGUUUGAAUGCUUGAUGGAAUGGUUAUUGAAUUGACAGAAGAGUAGUUAUUUAGAUAUAGCUAAGCGGUUACAUUCCAGAACAACAAGACAACCAAGCAUCUGCCAGCAGCUUAAAGAUCAUUCUUUGAACUAGAAAAGGAUAAAGUUGCAUUCACUCCUGUCAUGAUGUCUUAAAGACUGUCUUGCAGUAUAGUACGGCAUACAGUUUCUUGAAAAUUCAGGACUACUCUGCCAAUUUAUACAAUGAUAUUCAUGAAGAUUUCUUCUUAAGGACAUGCAGAGGAUACAUCACAUCAUCAUUGUUAUGGAUGAUUUGAUUUACUUUCGUUGAUUAAACUAUUGCCACUUGAUAGAAGUGGAAAAUCAAUUGUUCAACAGAUGGAAAAAAGAAAAAGGAAUUAUGAACAACCUCCUUGGAAGAACUUGCCCAAAAAUAGUCCUCUUGAUCUUGAUGUCUGAGAAUGGUUGCGCUUCACACCAAUUUUUGAGCUAUGGAGACAUUUCUGCAGGGCCCUGUUCUCACUCUUUAAGUGCUCAAGCUGUAGCUGUAGCUCAUUGAUGGUUUCUCUCUUCUCCUCAUUCCUUCUAAACAGUUCUGCUUGCUGGCGCAGAUUCUCCUCCAUAAGCUUUGUGAAUUGAAACUUGAGUUGAAACCAUGUAUUCUCACUUUCAGAACUACCCUUCUGGAACUCUGCUGCUUUUGGUUUAAGUCUUUGAAACCCAUUUAUCUUGGAAACAACAUUCUCUUCAUCUGAAAAUUCUCCAUUCGUUUGUUCAGGUUUUCUAAUGGUAGACAUGUUGCAUUGUUCUGCUAAUAUCAGAUCAUCGGCUAACUUGUUCAGGUAUUCAAAGCUAGAUCUAUAAUGUUUGAAAUCAGGAUCAUCAACAACAGAUUCGGGGCGAGAAUCAGAAGCCUCCAGAAUGAGAUCAUCAGAGGCUCCCACAACUCUUUUCUUAUUGCUAGCCUGUUGGAUUUGUUUAGAGUUAGAGGACAAUGGUGAAGACCUAUGACGGACAUUGUGUGAUUCAGACCUCAACUGAUCAUACUUUUCUGCUAAAGAACAGUAUGAUCUGUUUAACUCUCCCAACAUUUGCACGAGUCCUGGUUUCCUGUUAUGAGCAAUAUCAGCCUUCAGGCACGAUGAUUUGUCUUCUUCCUCCAAAAGGGUCAUCAUGGCCUUCAUUUUCUCGUCCAAAUCUGCAGAAAAUUGAUAAAAGAGGUCAAACAAAAACUGCAGCAAGAAAAGAAAAGAACAGAAAAGAAACAUCAGCAUAGAAAGCGGAGGAUGGAUGGUUUUUUCGACCUGAUAGAGUUGUCUGAAGCCAUUGGGACAGUUGGGGGCAAGCAGGCGAAGAAGAAGCUGCACUGUUCUCCAUUGAACCAAAGUGUUCUCACCCAAGAAGGAUUGGAUGUUUCUUGGGUUUAAGAAAGAGAUGAAAAACAAAAACAAAA